AUGCUCCUUUUGGUAAUCAUACUCCCCAUAUUUCUUUUCAGAAUCCCUUCGUUCGCAGAAGAUCACAAGUCAGAUCACAAACCUGCACACAACCGGACCAUCGAAUCUAAAAUCCAAGAAAUUUGCAUCCAGCAAACCUGGGUUCCUGGCGACUGCGUAAUCCAGCUCCUCUGGGGCCGCAUAACUACUGAAGAAAGAGAUACCCGCUGGAAAAAAAAUAGCAAAGUCACGGAAUCCAUAGACCCCCUCGUUUUCGAUGGCCACGGUAACCAGUUGGAAGUAAACCCACCGGGGUUUAGGACGUGUACUGGUCAGGAGGGAGAGGAAUGUGUUAUUGAUGCCAACUUGGGGAUGCCCAUACUCCUGAGUCCGCAAAUUCAAAAUGAUUACAUGCAGUUUUAUUUUGGAAAUCAGGCGUGGCAUACGGAUCCUCAUCCGAAAGAUAGUUCGGUAAGGGUCUUUGUGGGAGAGGAUAAGCAGAAUUUGAGGCCGUAUUGUGUGGAUGAAGGGUGGACGCAGUGGCCGAAGAAAGAGGGGAGCGAUGAGUAUGAUCCGCCUUUUGAUAGGGAGAAAAAUAGGUAUCUCGAUGUUAAGGCAAAGAAUUUGACAUGCUGGUUCGACUGUCACGAUAUACGUGCAAAAUGGGGGGAUCCAAAUGUCAAAUUGUGCCAUACUUCUAAGGGCUCGAUGAAAACAAAAUCGAUAACUACUUCGCGCACUACGCACACCUUGGCUUCUAAUACCAGCACAUUAGGGUCAGCGGAAACAUAUACACAAACCAUUUCGGGGAUAAUAAGGAAUUCUAGUGAAAGUUCCUCACAAAUAUCUACAAUGGCUACGACUUCAGAGCCGAUGGCUACCACGACUGAACUCAAUUAUACUCAAAAUCAAACUAUCCCAAUCGCCACGGGCCAAAUAGUUACAACUGCAAUAUCUACAGCUACCAUAACAGAAUUUCCAGCGCAAAGAGUGACCAAAACAGAGUAUCCGACGUCUACUGUGACCGAAACUGAAACUACAACUUUAACUUUGGUUUUGACGAAGACCGUUACUGAUAUUCCCAUCGGUUAUACGCUUGUCCCCUUUGAAUCGUGGUAUUCAAGGUGA